AUGGAAAACGUUUCAUGGCUGAUUAUUUUAAGUUUGUGCGGAUGUCUCGCCGAUUGUAUUGACCUUGGACCAUUCAUUAGGAUUGCACAGUGUAGAUCGCAGUGUCUUCAAAAAUUUAGGACCGAUGAAACGUACGAUUGGUUCCCCGGUCGACAAGAAAAUCCUUGCGCUGAGUGCUGGCAAAAUUGCGAGGCCGUGGAAAAACGAUGGGAGGAAGCUAGGAAAACCAUUUGCGAACAAAAUGAUCGCUAUGAGCAAUGUCCAGCUUGUCAGAUAGCGUGUACCUAUCGAGAGACGAGAGUAGCAGAAAAAUAUCUCCCUUCGAUGUUACCAGCACCAAAAAAGGAUCCAGUAACAUUAGACAAAUUCGACGUAGCCAUAGUAUUGCGAAAAAUAAAUAACGAAUGGAAAGACAUGGGUUAUUAUCCAGGAGGAAGACUACCAAAACUUCGUCUAGACAGUUGGAUCAUCGUAAUCACGGAACAAGGUAUAAAUCAAUACAGCUGGCAAGAAUGGGUACCUACUUUGGAGUCUUUGAAGGAAGGAUUAUUAUACGAAGCUACCGUCUCGUGGAAAGAUCUAUCGACUCAAUUGAGAAGACAAAAAAUGCUUCAACAAAAGAAAUUAAACGACAAAGUUAAACAAUUGUUUCUCGAGAAAUAUGGUGAAAAAGUUUUAGCCGAAUGGAGGAACCACGAAGAUUCGCAAAUGUCCGAUGAGGUAUUCAGAAGAUUUUUCUUCAGAAGGGAGGACGAACGCAACGACGACGAGGUUUCCGAAGCUGACGAUGCUAACAAUACUGCUAACUCUUUGGAAAAUCCAAGCACCAAGAAGAAUGAAUCUUUGAGUGAAAAACCAUCCUAUAUAGUAUCCUGGGAGCCAGAAACUGGUGGUCUUAUCGGUAAUCAAGUAACAGAAUCAAAUUUUGUUCAAAUCUCUCUUUACCCUGGCACCAAGUAUCUCGUUAGGAUAGCAUCCAACGAAGGACCCGGCAGUUUUCCUAUCGAAGUCGAUACCAGGCCAAAUUCCUUCCAAAUAAAACGAGUCAAGAUCAAACACUGUGAUACAUAUUUUUUCUGGUAUUUCUAUUUUGCUUUUGUCUUCCUUGCAUUACUAUUACUUAUUCUUCUUGUCAGACAGCUUAAGAAAAGAAACAACAAAGUCAUUGUCGAAGACGUUUAAAAGCAUCGUUGCG